AUGAGAUUGAAUCCAUUGGUGAGUGUGCUGCCAUUGACAGCCGCAGCCACAGCUGGCGCUCUCACUCGGCACAACUCGUGCAGUGUCGUGAAUCAGACAACCUGUGGCGGCACAAGCUACGAGUAUACCGGGCUAGUGGGAUACGGAUUCAUCCCGUCCAACGCGGUUGAUAAGUAUGGUGAUACGUUAGGGGGCAUUGGCAGCUCUAUCGCUAUCGAUCAAGACUCCUGGCGCAAGACGGGCCGUGACUCGUACUCUGGCAUCAUUUACUGCUUGCCUGAUCGUGGCUGGAACACCAACGGAACGCUCAAUUUCCAGUCGCGUAUCCACAAGCUGGCCAUCUUCUUCAAGCUGGCACCAGAUGCAUCUGCUGAGAAUCCAUCGAAGCCAAAUCUGCAGCUGAAGUACCUCGACACUAUUCUUCUGACCGGUCCCGAUGGCGAGCCCACCACAGGUCUUGAUGCAGACGCCACAGGCUAUGCCUCAUACCGCGGCUUCCCACCUCUCCCCGCAGCCACAUACAUCGGUGAUGGCUUUGGCGGCGCGGGCAAGGGAGGAAAGAGGGUCACAAUCGAUGCCGAGGGUCUCGUCCUUGACAAGGACGGCUUCUUCUGGGUCUCUGACGAGUACGGUCCCUACGUCUACAAAUUCAACAAGCACGGCAGGAUGGUGCUAGCCCUGCAACCGCCGCAGGCCUAUCUCCCCCGUCGCAACGGCACCAUCAGCUUCAGCGCCGCCAGUCCGCCCCUCUAUGCCCCCAACCAAAUGCCCGUCCCCGAGGACCCCAAGACAGGCCGAAACAAUAACCAGGGCCUCGAAGCCCUUACUAUCUCCCCGGACGGCAAGACGCUGUACACCAUGAUCCAGUCGGCGCUGAACCAGGAAGGCGGCCCGAAGAAGAAGAACCGCCAGCCCGCGCGGCUGCUGGAGUACGACAUCUCCUCGGGCACACCGGAAUACAAGCACGAGUAUGCCGUUCUCUUAGCCAAGUACAAUGAUUACACGGAAGAGGAUCCAUCGGACGCGGCAAAGGUGGCCUCGCAGUCGGAGAUCCACCAGCUUCCCACCGGCGACUUUCUUGUUCUCGCGCGCGAUUCCGGCUUCGGACACGGGCAGUCCGAGUCCCUCUCCGUCUACCGGCAUGCGGACGUUGUCUCCAUUUCCAAGUCUACGACUGAUCUGAAGGGUACUUAUGACGCCGCGGACGGAUCCAUCGCCAGCUCGAAGGGUGUCUUGGACUCGGGCAUCACCCCGGCGGAGUACUGCCCCUUCCUGGACUUCAAUGUCAAUUCGGAACUGGCCAAAUUCGGCCUUCACAACGGUGGCGCGCAGGACGCUGGUCUUUUGAAUGAGAAGUGGGAGGGCCUGGCCCUUGUGCCGGUUGACCCGCAAGGUCACAAGGAUAAACAUUCCAAGAAGGCGAGGGAGUAUUUCCUUUUCAGCUUCAGUGAUAAUGACUUUAUCACGCAGGAUGGUAGGUUUCUUGACCUGUUUCUCGUCCUUGAACCCAAAGACACUGACUAUAUUGCCUUCGCUCGUACAGGACGCAUGAAUUUUGGCCGGUUCAAGUACGCGGAUGAAUCUGGCUACAACCUCGACAACCAGGCUCUGGUUUUCAGAGUGAGGUUUUAG